UCUCUUCCCUGAUAAGUGAAUCAUCUGGCAGAGGCAUCAGCACCUUUCUUCACUCACCUAAUCCUCAUCCAUAUCGAUCCAUAGGUAUCUUACUCAUACACUCACUCACUCACCACUCGGCCUCCGACCUCCCCGGAGCUGCAAUAUCCCGUUAUCCCUCACAUACAUCAUUAUCAUCAUCAUCUUCUUCUUCUUCAUCUCUCUCCUCCAAACGGUUAAAUACCCUCCUUCACCAUGAGGUUGAUCAUCCGUGACGAUGCCGAGGGCGCCAGCACCUACGUCGCCAACUACAUCAUCAACCGCAUCAACACCUUCCACCCCACUGCCGAGAACCCCUUCGUGCUCGGCCUGCCCACCGGCUCCAGCCCCCUAGGCGUGUACAAGAUCCUGGUUGAGAAGUACAAGGCCGGCGCGGUCUCGUUUGAAAAUGUCAUCACCUUCAACAUGGACGAGUACGUGGGCAUCCCCCGCGACCACCCCGAGUCCUACCACACCUUCAUGUGGAAGCACUUCUUCUCCCACGUAAACAUCCACCCGUCCAACGUGCACAUCCUCAACGGCAACGCGCCCAACCUGGAGGCCGAGUGCGUCGCCUACGAGGACGCCAUUAAGAGGGCCGGCGGCAUCGACCUGUUCCUCGCGGGCAUUGGCGAGGACGGCCACAUUGCCUUCAACGAGCCCGGCUCCAGCUUGGCCAGCCGCACCCGCGUCAAGACGCUGGCCUACGACACCAUCCUGGCCAACUCGCGCUUCUUUGACCAUGACAUUAGCAAGGUGCCUCGCAUGGCCCUGACCGUGGGUGUCCAGACGGUUCUCGAGGCACGAGAGGUGGUCGUCAUCAUCCUGGGCCAGCGCAAGUCGCUUGCUCUGCAGAAGUGCAUUGAGGAGGGCGUCAACCACAUGUGGACGCUGUCCAGCCUGCAGCUCCACCCUCACCCCAUGAUUGUGGUGGAUGAGGAUGCCACGCUAGAGCUCAAGUACUUCAAGAGCAUCGAGAAAGUGGCCAUGGACGCCGGCUUCGAGCAGAUCCUGCCGUCCAAGGUCCGCACCGGCAACGGCCCCGUCCCCCAGACAAAGGUUGAGGAGGUGUCCUCGCCCACCAUCCUCGCCCCCCAGCCCACCACCUCGCGCCUGCUCCGGGCCACCCCGGCGACCGAGUACCCGAUCCGGUCCGUGUCCCCGGACCUGGUGCCGGACCGCAUGGCCUCCCGGAUCCCCGAGCCACACCUGACGGACAGGCUGACGCCGAACCCUGAGCAGCAGACUGUUCAGAACCCCAUUACUGCUUAGAUGGAGUGAUGAAAGGGGCUGGGGGAGGUUUGGGAAUUACUGGAGUUUUAGAAUGGGUGUUUUGGCUCUCGCUUUUGAUUAUCAUUCUCUCGUUUAUACAACCUCGUAUGGAUGGACGCUGCUGCUCUGGGUUUUGAUUAAAAUGGGCAUUGAUAUGAUGUAUAUAUAGGUAUAUAUACCACAACAGAAAUACAAAAAAUGGUUAGCAA